CUUUAACUCCAACCAAAGUUUUCAUUUUCCUCUAACAACUUAACAUAUAGAGAAUAUAAUAGGACAACUAGACAAGCGUCUUCUAUACCACUACCUCAUCUUUCUGCCCUAUAGAAUCCCAGAAUUGUUGCCUAAUCGCUUCGCAGUUAAAAUCAAGACGAGGUAAAUUUGUCACUAGCUCCCGGCCUGUAGAUCCCAUGUGAGGAGGAAAAGAAGUGGAAAUACAAGGACGCUAAAGUAAAAUAAUACACUCACCCAGACGAGUGGUUAGACGAUCGAAAAACUUCGUCUGGGGAGAGACGGCGGAAGAGAUAGAAGGAUAGCGACUCUAAAAUGAGUUCAAAUCGCAAUUUCAGUUUAAGUCUCUUUGGACACUACAAGGAUUUUUCUCCCUUUCAUUAGUCAAUCAAGGUACACAGCUCUAUCAGGUUUCUGUAUAGAUGGAAGGAAAUGUAGGAAAAGGUAUGACUGGCCAGCAGAAAAACUAUGAGCAAGUUUGCUAUGGCUCCAUGGAGACAAGAAACGAGGGAAUCGGAUCUGCAAAUCAAAGAGUUUUUCAGGAUGCCUCGAGCUCUAUUAAUAUGAAUAUACUACCACCAGAUCUUAAUAUGCCACUUGGAGCUAGACCUGUUCUAAACUUUUCUAUACAGACCGGUGAGGAGUUUGAAUUCAUGCGGGACAGAGCUUAUCCAAAACAGCACUAUGUUUCACAUCCAACAAGUGAGCCUUGUAGUGCCUCAUCUUAUAUGGACCUGAAGGACAUGCUUGAAACAUCUCAUACAGGUUCUAAGAAUGGAUCAGAUAUUUCAAAGAUUGCCACUAUUGACAAAAGUCGGGUCCAUGACCAUGAGAGAAAGACUACUCUAAAUGAAGAGCAUUCCUUCUCUCAAGCUGCACAAUCUGUUUAUAGGGUCUCCUCAAGGAACAAUGAGGGCCGUGGGGUUCACAGCCAUGUGUUAUACAAACCUUCCAAAACGUAUAAGUUUCUUUGCAGUUUUGGUGGCAAAAUUUUGCCUCGCCCAAGUGAUGGAAAACUAAGAUAUGUUGGAGGAGAUACACACAUUAUUCGUGUGAUGAGAGAUAUAUGUUGGGAUGAAUUUAAGGAAAGAAUAUUGACAGUAUACAGCGCAACUGACAUAAUAAAGUAUCAGCUUCCUGGUGAGGAGCUUGAUGCUUUGGUGACAGUUUCUUGUGAUGAGGACUUGCAAAAUAUGAUGGAAGAACGUAAUGUGAUUGAGGAUGGUGGAUCUCAUAAACUUCAUAUGUUUCUGUUUUCCCGUGUUGAUUUGGAUGAUUCUCAACUUGCUCUAGAAAAUGUGGAAGGUGAUACAGAAUUUCAGUAUGUAGUUGCUGUGAAUGGAAUGGAUAUUUGCUCAAGGCAGAGCUCCGUUGGUCGAGCAAGCACUUCAGGAAACGCUCUAGACGAUUUACUUGGCUUAAGAAAUGAUAGAGUGCAUGGGCGAGUUGUUGCUAACUUGGCAUCAGUUGAUAAUAUGAAUCCUGUGGGUGGUUCGCCGUCCAAUAAAUCAUCUCCUAGGGUGGGGUCAAGUUCAUUACAUGAAUUGGAUUCCAAUCCACAGGGAUACCAUAUUCAAACAACACCCUACAGUGGGGUUGAUCUGCAACAGUUAUCUUCCUCAGAACUUAUGGGCAACUUCUCGAUCAUAGAUAGAAACAGCACUGACAUGGUGUCUGCUCCUCUGAAUUAUUGCUUUGGUCCUCAAAUAUCCAAUUAUGCACAGGUUGGUGAAGACAACUUUGUGAUAAAUCCUUGCCAUAUUCAGAUGGCUGUGGGAGGAGGAGACUUAACUGCUGAUUACUCAUCAAGCAACUCCCAUGGGCUGGAUCCAGAAGUAUCAGCUAGUGAAGUGAAAUUAAAAAGAGAUGCAGCCACCCAGAAAAGGAUUCAACUUGGUAAUGGUAAAAAUGAAUCCCUGGAAACGGAGCCUAAAGAGGAAAAGAUGAUGAGAGAAAUUUCAAUGCAGAAAAUGAACGGACUUGAGACAGGAAGGCCUUUAGAAUAUGAAAGGGUUGUGCCUUCUAUCCCAUAUGAAAGCUCAACUCCCAAUAACAGUUUCCGAGUUGAAGAACCAACCUCAGAUGCUGCUGCUAAUGCAUCUAUAGGAAAUUCAGCUAUGCUAUCCAAAGGUAGUAUAAACAGUCUGGAUCAGAAGCAGAGCUUGGUGUCUCCGGAAUGUGGUAAGGAAGAAAGAAUAGAUUCACAUAAUGAAGAUAGUGUGUUUGCUGCAUCGAACACAGUAUCAAACUCUGGUGCAUCUAGUACAGUCUCGAACUCUGGUCAUGCCAACUCUGAUGUAUAUCCCUUUGGCUUUAACUCUGAAACUCCUGCAGUUCCUCCAAGACACUUUCGUUCAGAAAGAAUACCGCGUGAGCAAUCUGGCCUAAAUCGUUUGUCAAGAUCUGAUGAUUCCUCAGUUUCACCAUUUCUAGUGACCCACUCACAAUAUGAAGAUUUGCAGCAGAUGACAGAAUCAAUUGAUAAAUCUCACAAUGGGAAUAAGGCUGUGGAGACAACUCGCCUGAUUUCUUCAAUUACGUCUGCGAAUCAACCUGAAGCUGAAGAUAAUUCAGUUCAGUUGCAGAAAUAUGAAGAGGUUGCUGAUAACUCCAGAGCAACUGGUUCACAUAUAUUUAAUGAUGGAGGUAUCACAGAUGUUAUGAACAUUGAACGUAAGCCUCCUAACCUCACUGACAGGGUCACUCCCCAACCAACUCUUCCUCCAAUGAGUAGUCAUGUUUCCAGUGAGUCUGCAUGUAAGCCAACUGAGAAUAUGGCUGAUGAAAAUAACGCAAUGGGAGAAGUGAAGUCUCUGGCCAUCAGAGAGCAAGCAGUUGGAACAGUUAGCCACCCGAUUCCAUCUUCUAGUGAGCAUGUGGACAUUGUCGUCGAGAUUAACGAUCGCUUCCCACAUGAUUUCCUGUUUGGAAUAUUUUCUAAAGCAAUCGAUGGAUCAGAAGGAAUUGCUACUUUUGAGGGUGCAGUAGGUGGUCUGAGCGUAAAUAUGGAGAAACGUGAGCCUAUGCACUGGUCACAUUUCCAGAAAUUAGCUCAGGGUGAUUUUGUUAGGCGAGACGUGUCUCUUAUGGAUCAGGAUCAUCCUAGUUUCCCGACUACAAGUGCACAUGUCGAAGAACUGUCAAUGGAUUACAGCUAUCCAACAUCGAAGAUCAGUGGAGUUGGUUUGGAGUCUUUGGACCCUCACAUUAAUGUUGAAGCUAACAUUCAUCAGCGGUCACCUCACAUUACUGAAAAUGUGACCAUGGCUUUUCCUUCGGAUUAUAAUCCCUCUCAAAUCACUGAAAUCCAGACUGCUCAACUUGAUUGUAUGAUUAAUCCAAAAACACCCGAGUCCGUUUUUCAGGUUGAGAUCCGAGAUGCUCAGAAUGCUGCUGUUCCCCCAGUCGACUUUCCACUGGGACAUUUUGAUAUUAAUUCCUUGCAGAUCAUAAAAAAUGAAGACCUUGAAGAGUUGAAGGAAUUGGGAUCUGGAUCAUUUGGCACUGUAUAUCAUGGAAAAUGGAGAGGAACAGAUGUUGCCAUCAAGAGAAUAAAGAAAAGCUGCUUCACUGGUCGUUCAUCUGAACAGGCGAGGCUGACAGAUGAGUUUUGGCGUGAGGCUGACAUUCUUUCAAAACUUCACCACCCAAAUGUAGUGGCAUUUUAUGGGGUUGUGCAAGAUGGGCCUGGAGGAACUCUUGCUACUGUCACAGAGUUCAUGGUUAAUGGAUCCCUCAGACAUGUGUUGCUUUCCAAGGACAGACAUCUUGAUCGUCGCAAGAGGCUCAUCAUUGCAACAGAUGCAGCAUUUGGAAUGGAAUAUUUGCAUUCAAAGAAUAUUGUGCAUUUUGAUUUGAAAUGUGACAAUUUGCUUGUCAACUUGAAGGAUCCCUCUCGGCCAAUUUGCAAGGUAGGUGAUUUUGGGCUGUCCAAAAUAAAAAGAAACACCUUAGUGACUGGUGGUGUGAGGGGAACUCUUCCAUGGAUGGCCCCUGAGCUGUUAAAUGGGAGCAGCAAUAAAGUUUCCGAGAAGGUUGAUGUCUUCUCCUUCGGGAUUGUACUUUGGGAAAUUCUUACUGGUGAAGAACCUUAUGCCAAUAUGCAUUAUGGAGCCAUAAUAGGUGGUAUUGUGAACAACACCUUAAGGCCGCACAUACCAAGUUUCUGCGACUCUGAAUGGGCAAUGCUUAUGGAACAGUGCUGGGCUCCUGAUCCAGCCGCACGCCCGUCCUUUACCGACAUUGCCAGACGCUUACGUGUCAUGACGGUAGCAUGUCCUGCUAGACCACAUGCUCAUCAGGCCCCAACCCAACAAUCCAAGUGAUCAACUGUCGAUCCAUACCAGUCCUACACAUAGACCUGCAGUUAUUGUCUGCCUCGUCUGUGUAAACAAUAGAGGGGGACACGGGGGAUUCGUUUUUAUGGAAGUAUGAUGAUUUGAAAUAACGUACUGUCCAGCGUCGAUAAUUCAUAGUUGACUCCGCGUAUAUAUUGUUAAUAAUUGGUCAAACAAGACAAGAAAAUGUUAUUACAUACUUCGUACUACGUAUAUGUUUGUAUAGACACUGUAAAGCAAUAUUGUUGUUCCUGUUGGUGUAACUUCUAUUAUUAUUGUAAUAUUAUUUUUAUUGUGGUUGUUAUUAUUGUUUUUAUUAUUAUUACUACACAGUAC